CGUGUGACUCUCGUGUGCACGGCUGGAGAUGGCGGCCGGCAGAGUAUAGAAGGAGGGGAAGGAUGGGGGUGAAUGCGGGUGGAGGGGUGUGAUUUGCUCUGUUCGGGUGUCAGGUCAGGCCAGGCUGCCGUGCCUAAGGGGGUCGAGGAGGGCGAUGCUGGCGCUGCUGCUGCCCCAGCUCCCGGACGACAUCCUGCUGCUGCUGUUCUCGUACACAGACACCCAGGCCCUGGGCAGGCUGUCGCAGGUCUGCAGGAGGUUCCAGCGCCUCAUCGGCAGAGACACUCUAUGGAGGAGCAUCGCCAAACUCUCCCUCAACACCGGCCUCACCCGCCUCGGCAGAGACGCGUUUCCCCAGAUAGCUCUGAAAGAGCGUGUGAAGGGCUCUCAGAACUGGAAGCAUGGGAGGUGUCGUCAAGAGGUUACUCUAAGGUGGAAGUGCAAUUUGUUACCUUGGUUACAACUGGACAAACAAUGGCUCUAUCUCUCCCAAGCAUCUGACAUCCGAGCCUAUCCCUUGAGUCGGAAUGCUAUUGGUCUGCAUCGGCACCCUGCUGCUGUGUAUACCGGUCACCAGGAUGAUGUCUGCCGAUUUGUCGUCAGUGAACCACAUGUUGUCAGUGGUGGCGGGGAUGGGAAGAUCAUUAUCUACGAUACUUGCAACUCAUUCUGUGCAAAGUACUCAGCACACAAUCAAGAGGUCAACUGCAUCGACAGCCGAGGACAUGUCAUCGUUAGUGGCUCAAGAGACAAGACAGCACGGAUUUGGUCACUGUGUUCGAACCGCCUGGGAGAAUGCUUGCACACGAUAAGGACAGAAGAUCGAGUUUGGUCAAUCGCCAUUAACCCUACGCUGAGUUCUGUCAUGACUGGGACUGCUUGCUGUGGCCAUGCCUCACCGUUACGGAUUUGGGACCUUCAGAGCGGGCAGCUGGAGACCAGCCUGGGGUCGGACUUCCGAAGGGGAGCUGGAGUCCUGGACAUGCUCUAUGAGAGUCCCUCGGUUGUGCUGACCUGUGGGUACGAUGCCUACAUCAGGCAGUGGGAUAUGAGGGCCAGCACCAGGCGCUGUGUGAUGGAAUGGGAAGAGCCACAUGAUAGUGCCCUCUACUGCUUGCAGACCGAUGGAAACUUCAUGAUUGCCAGCGGCUCCUCACACUACGGCGUUGUCCGUCUCUGGGACAAGAGACAGUCAAAGAGUCUCCAGAUGUUCUUCCUGUCUUGCCCUAGCAGCAGCCCUGUGUACUGCCUGCGAUUUACUACCUCGCACCUCUACGCUGCCUUAGCCCAUGCACUUUAUACACUGGAUUUUACAUCUGCGGACUCAUGGCUUUCAAAGUAAAUGGCACUUGGCAUAAAGUGAGACAUAUCUGGAAUGGAGCUUCUGAAGUCAACAGGUAUCCAGCACACUUGGCAGAUGAGACGGAAACCACGCCUUCACCCAUCUAGCUCAGCAGUCCCUUUAAAAUUCACCUUUUGUGGCUUUUUUUUAAUAUAAAGAGAACGAGGUCUUUAUUUCCAAUAAAUAUUUUAUGACCUGUGAAUAAAUGUUGCACAAAAUGUCUUCCGUAACUGCAUUUGUAUAUGUACAGAAGCUGUCAAGGGCUGUAACAACGUCCUGAUGUUUGCAAGCAUUUUUAUAAAUAAAGCCUUGCAUUUCGAAAUAACAUAACACUGUGCUUCACAGGGAGCUGUUGUAAUGUAAAUCUAUUAAUAAAUUUAUCAAUGAUUCUAUCUAUUACCACAUCACUGCACUAUAAACACUAAACCAUUUUUUAUAAUGCUGUUUACAUUGUGAAAUACAAGCUGGUAUUUAUGAAGAUUUUAUUCCAUUACUGUACUUUAAUCUUUAUAUUUUAAAUUAUUUUUAUUCAAUAUAACGUGAAUGUUGUUUUUGUUGCACAACACACUGCAGCAAAUUCCUAACACACAUGAAUGUGUAUGAUAAAGUUAAUUACUUAUUUGUACAACAGUUAUAGAGCUGGGCAGAGUAACCCAACAAGCAACUGACUGAAAUUGUGGAGUGGGUUGAGGGCCUGGGAGCUGAAUGCUGUGGCCAUAUCCAACAUCGACGCAACUAAUCACAGAUCAGAAAUGGCUGAUGAGAGCGGGUACGCGUUUAUGGUGAUUUGAGUAUGGGGGGGGGGUGGCGG